AUGGUGCCCAUCGCCCCUCCCCGGCAGAACGUCCACGCGCUUGACUCGGACUCCGAUGGCGAUUCCGGGCCGCGGAUGUGGAAGCGCAUGUCGCGGGCCCGUACCAGCUACGUUUCCUCUCCGUCACCCUUUGCUCCACGUCCACUCCCGCGCCCGUAUGCGCCUGUAUGUUCUCGCCUCAGGACCGACGAGGAGAAUGACGACUUACUGAGCCCCUGUCCUCUCCAGCCGUCCGACUCGAACGGUCAAAUCAGCAAGAACGCACAGGGUGACGACGCGCAGCGCAAGCCUGAGCCCGUCCAGGAUUUAUGCACACAGCCGGGGGCGCUGAGGGGGUCUCAACACCUCGCCUGGUUAUCACUUUUACACCCGUCCCCGCCCGUGCGCCUGCCCUCGCGAUCGCCGUCGGCUCAUGAUCCUCGCUCGAGCUGGUUCCGCGCGGAUCCUUGCAACACAAGCCCGCGCCGCCCGUUCUACCAACCCCGAGCGCACACAGGCCGCCUACUCCACCCUGUGACCGACGCCCCUGAUACGUACACCAGCCCCGCCCACGAGCCCGACUUCCAAACGUUGGAAUGCGUUGCAAGGGUCCUCAUCUCGGUCCAGGACAUGCCUGGUACCCAUCGACAUCCUGCUUUCGCCAGCAACGUCGAUGAGGAACGCGCAAAGCUCCUAGACGCACCCGCCGACCAAAUCACCCUCAGGAGCGCGGACGACGUCGCGCUCCCCCACGAACCCGACGUUGAUGGGGCGUGCGACCUCCCCGCGCAAGCAGGCGGUCUCGGCCUGGGUCUCAGGCUCCCGCCCUUUGCGGACCGCAACACGUCGAUCUCGCGGGACCACAGCGUACCCAUCGAGGACGAGGGUAUCGCUCUUCGUCGUCAACCCCAAGGGCAUCACAGGAAAAUGACGAUCAACGUCUCCCCUGUCGGCCGCUCGGUCGAGGAGACGAUCCGGCUCCUGAAGGCGUUCGAGCACACUGACGAGCACGGCAAGGUGUGCCCCGCGAACUGGAGCGAGGGCGCGAAGACGAUGAGGGCGGGCCCGACGGAGUCGCUCGAGAUCUUUGCGGGCGACGAGAACGGGGAUGUGCGCAAGAAGCGCGCCCGCACUGGCUGA